AUGCCCAAAAAAGUUGCCGCCAUCAGGAUAUUCCACACCACUACCACCAUCAAGAGUCUACAAGAAUUCUUUGGAAUAGAUCAUUAUUAUUAUUGCUUUUUGCCCAAUAUUGCCACUGCCUUGGCCCCAUUCUACAAAGUUCUCAAGGGCAAACCCAAGGCCCUCAUCUGGGGACUAUCGCAAGAAGCCACCUUCACCUCCUCCAAAAAUGCACUUGCCAAGGCCACCACCCUCUCAUUCCUUGUACCAGGUCAUUCUGUACUGCUUUCAUUGGACACCAGCAAUGUAGCCAUAGGAGAUAUCUUGGAACAGAUCAUCCAUGGUUUUCCUCGACCCCUCACUUUUUUCAGCAGGAAACUCAGCAAGACAUGCAAACACCAUGCUGGACUGCAAGCUCCUGGCGGCAUACCUCACUGCCAAACACUUCCAACAAUUUUUGGAGACCAUGUCUUUUCACCCUUCAAACUGACUGCCUGCCACUAG